AUGAAAGAGCCACAGGUGAGGCAGUUGUCGUCCUCGCUCCUGCAGAGGAAUGACCAGCCUGUGAUUCAGCUCAGCUCCGAGCAGCCGGCUCUGACCAGCUGGCUCCUGCCGGGCUUGGACAUGUUCGGCCCCGGGCAGCUGAUAUCUACUCUCUUUCCUGCAGUUUUCCACUCACCUGCAGCGCACUUUUUCCCUGCAUUCCCAACAAGACUGGGCUCUCCAGCUCAGAUCCUGAUCCCAGGGCCCUUUAUCAGCUAUGAGUCCUUGAGGAAUUAUCUGCAGCCAGAGCCAUGCAAGGAAGCUUUGCUCCUAGCAACACAAGCAGCAGGGAUGGGACAACUCGCAGAGGGAAUAGAUGAACAGAGGCCAGUGAAGCAGCGGCGUGCGCGGGCCAACUACAGCAGCUGGCAGCUGGAGGAGCUGGAGAAGGCCUUCGAGACCACGCACUACCCAGACAUAUUCAUGAGAGAGGCGCUGGCCCUCAGACUGGACCUCAUCGAAGCCAGAGUGCAGGUGUGGUUUCAGAACCGCCGAGCUAAGAUGCGGCGACAGUUGAAACUCCAGGGCCAGCUCACGGGGCCGUACGUGAAAAGUGACAGUGACGACAAAGCAGAGAAGGCCAGCAGGAGUUUAGAGCAGGCGGAGGGCUGUGACGGAGAGCACUGGGAGAGGCGACAGGAAGGGGAAAACUAUCCAUGGACAAAAGCUCCGAGUGCUGUGUUGACCCAGCAUGUGCAGCCUCUGAUCCAGGGGUCGGGGAAAUGGGAGGGGCCGGAGGUACCGAGUUCGGAGGAACUGCGCUCCUGCAGCAUCGCCAAGCUGAGGGCCAAAGCCAGGGAGCACGAGGCCGAGAUCCACAGCACUGUAAACAUGUCAGGAGCAGACAGACAGCCACAAACACAGGAAGCUGAUGCCAUACAGAAUGACUGA